AGAUGGAGUGUUUCUCUUGGGCAACUGUGAAAAUGUUCUAUUUUAAAUUCUUAGUGAUGAUUCUCUUCUUGCAGCCCGUGAGAGAUAAGAGCAAGGCUCCAUGUUGCUGGCCACACAUCACAACACUGAAAGUUCUCCUUGGACAAAGAAAACAAGAUGGCUGCUCUUCUUGCAGAAAAUUUUCGCUUUCUCUCACUAUUCUUCAAGAGCAAAGAUGUAAUGAUUUUCAAUGGCCUGGUUGCCUUGGGCACAGUUGGAAGCCAGGAAAUCUUCUCAGUAGUUGCGUUCCACUGCCCAUGCUCCCCAGCUAGGAACUACAUCUAUGGAUUGGCUGCCAUAGGUGUACCAGCCCUGGCCUUGUUCCUUAUUGGGGUCAUCUGGAACAAUCACACUUGGAACCUGGUAGCCGAGUGUCACAGACGAGGAACAAAGAAUUUUUCAGCAGCAGCAACAUGCUUGAUCUUUGGCUCAGUCAUGGGGCGAGCUGCAGUGGCUCCUGUCACAUGGUCGGUGAUCUCCCUGCUUCGUGGAGAGGCCUAUGUCUGUGCCAUGAGUGAAUUCAUGGAUCCUUCCUCCUUGUAUGAAUUUCCACCUGGUUAUGGAGCCAAUAUCAUGGCCAGAUUCCCUUGUGACGAUCUACCAGGAAACUUGACAAAAUUUAAGGAUGAAGUUAUAAGGCAAUUAAAAUAUGAGUCACAGCUUUUUGGGUGGAUGCUCCUUGGUGUAGUUGCAGUUCUAGUGUUCCUCACCAAGUGCCUGAAGCACUGCUGCUCACCACUCAGCUACCGGCAGGAAGACUACUGGGACCAAUACAGAUCCAAUGAGACCAAGCUGUUCCAUCGCACUGCAGAGGUGCAUUCCAAGGUCAUGGCUGCCAACAAUGUAAAAAAGUUUUUUGGCUUUGUAUGCUUAGAUAAGGAAGAGAAGGAAUUGGUACACGACUACCCUGUGGAUGAUGUCCAGCCUAGGCCACAAUGGGAUGCCAUCACUGGGGUCUGUAUCUAUCGGGAGAAUAAAGGCUUCCCUCUCUACAGCCGUCUUCAUAAAUGGGCCAAAGGUGCAGUGGGAUGCAAUUCAGGUCCUGAUAACCAGGAAAUGGUCUUCCUUGCUGCCUAAGAUAACUGAACUUGUCCAGCAUUCUGUGUGCAUUCUCAGUUUUACCUAUUAACAAAGGUUUCAGUUAGUGCAUAACGCUGAUGAUUGUUUGUGAAUUAUCAUUUAAACAACACAGCCUACUCCUCAUGGGAGUUCAAUCAAUGACCAAUGGCAAUGGUUUCUUAAUGGGGGAGUUCUUUUCUGAAAGAUCAGAGCUUUCCUGUUUUGGAAGAAGAAUAGUAUUAAACUUGAGGUAACCAAGUAGAACUUGCUUGUUGGCUGGUAGCAGGGUUUGCAGAUGUCAGGCACAGAGAAGUCCUCAUAAGAAACACACAAGUAGAGAAGCUAUCCUCAUUUAAGACACAAAACAAUGUUAUCAAUCUUAUUGUUUUUGACUGCUGCUACUUGACUGGUACUUCUUUAGUAGCUUUCCUCUAGAAAGACUCAAACUGGAGUGUGGACAUUGAGAGAAAGCCACAAGUGAUAACAUAGAUGACUAACUCAGGAACUUUAGUGCUGCCUGGCAGGAUUUAAGUUUAGAGGAGAUGGGACUGGUGGAAUUCUGCCUUUGCAAGUGGCAGCUGCUCUGCUUUCCCUUGCUUUGGUUUUUAACAACAGUACUGGACUGAAUUACGGUAUCUCUUUGGAUCAAUUAUGUUGUGCUUUGAAAUGGCACACCUGUACUAUUGCACUUGGACAUUUUGUUUGUAUUUAUGGGUCUUCCACAUUGUUGCACUUUAUGUAACAGAAGCACAAUUUCUUGCUCUGAAGGUCUAGCAAAUAGAGCAAUCUUUACUUUUCCCAUCACUCCUAAAAGCAAACUUGACAGUUGGAAGACAGCAAAUGGGGGCAUCCAUAGACAAAACAGGGGUUACAAAAAUCAGAGGAUUCAGGCAUGCAGAAAAACACAUUUAACUUAAGACCCCCUUUACUCUCUCACUUACACAACCCUGAUAAAGACUGAGCCUUCAGGUUUCCCUGUCAGAGGAACAGACCUGAGAUCAGUUGAGCAUAAAUUAAAAGAGGCAAAAGGACAUGGGAAGGGAAAGUUGGUCAGACUCAAUACUUCCUGCCUUCCAUUUCCUAAAUGAGUCUUUUUUCUCAAGUCCUUAGAAAGCUGUUUAUGGAGCCACUUUGGCUUCUUUAGGCUCUUCCCAUUUUUCCUUCUCAUAGGAAUCGUUUGUGAUUGUGCCUUUCGUUAUGCAGGGGAGAUAUCAAGUACCUGUAUGUGAAAAACUGUUCCUGUGGAGCAAAUAUUCCUGACUCAAUUCAACAUAUAUUGCUUGAUUGUUCCAUAUAUCUCCAUAAAGAACUAUUUU